AUGAGGAAUCUUGUAACAAUCGGAGCCUGCUAUCUUGAUACAAUCCUAACCGUAGACCACUAUCCAGGAGAAGACGAAAAACUCCGCGCAUCACGCAUCUCCCGACGACGGGGCGGAAACACUCUGAACACACUCGAAGUUCUCCAGCAGCUACUCGAAUGUGGUUCCUCAAAAGACACGAAUACUCCAAAUACUGCCAGCGCUGCUCAGAUAUUAUCGGACAGACAGCAGCAGAAUACCACCUCCCCGCUAUGUGCCAUUGCAGUACUACCUGCGAGAUCGUCGCCGGCCACCAGGGAGCUCGAAGCAUCCUUCGGUCCAGGUUCUCGAGUCGAUCUCCAACACUGCAUCUACCGUGAACAAUGCAGCGACGCGGCGUCAAGCUAUAUCAUUAAGAGUGCUUCUACAGGCAGCAGGACUAUUGGCCGCAUACCAGCCGUCACGCGGAAAUGCAUACAGUACCUCCGCCAGAGCUUCCCCGGUGACAAAGUCAGCGUCGAGGUCGAAAAACCGGGUCGGGAGGGUCUCCAGGACCUCGCUGCGGUAGCAGACGUGGUUUUCUACUCGAAAAGUUGGGCGCAGGCAAACGGCUACGGGUCACUCGAGGAUUUUCUACGAGCACAAUCGCCUCUAACGCCCCGAGCGUCGAUAUUAUGUUGCACGUGGGGCGAGCGUGGCGCAGCAUGCUUGCACAGGGGCAGCAUGGAAUAUAUCCAUUCGCCGGCGUAUAUAGACACGCAACGUCCCGUGGUUGAUACGAUCGGGGCAGGCGACACCUUCAUAGCGGGAAUGCUGCACCACUUCAUCCGUCGCCCUGAAUCUGACGGCGACGAUGAUUUCAGUCUUCUGCGGGCCAUGGAUUUCGCGAAUCAUCUUGCGGGCCGCAAAGUAGUACAGGAAGGGUUUGAGGGGCUUGGUGCCGCUGCCAUUUGCUCUGAGACGAGUUAA